UCCGGUAUGGUUUGGUAUGAUACAGGUGGUAUCAGUGACUUCUACAGUAGUGGACCUUAGGUACUGACUACUGGAUAACUCAAUCUUUCUUUCCUUCUCUCCUCCCCUCCCCUCCCCUUCUUCCACCUCCCCUCCUCACUCUCAAUGCUCCCCUUCCUUCCUCUCACUCCAUGCCUGCGAUCAUCCUCUCGCACUCUCUACCGGCAUGGUCGUCUCUCCCGCCGACAUAACUCCUCCUUUCCUUCCGACCACUUCGCCCAGCUAGCCAGUCGCCAAUCCGCCCGGCACCAAAUCUACCAAUCCCUUUCCACAGAUCCCUACGUCAACCUCUCCAUUGAACACUUUCUGCUCGAGAAUGCGCCCGCGGAGUCGAGCAUCCUAUUUCUCUACAUCAACCGUCCGUGUGUCGUCAUCGGUCGCAACCAGAAUCCAUGGCUAGAAACCAAUCUACAUGCCCUGCACAAUGAUCGGGUGCAGCGCGAACCCGGCGACUCCAACGGCAGCGAUGUGGUGUAUGUGCGACGGCGAUCCGGGGGAGGCGCAGUAUAUCAUGACGAGGGCAAUCUGAACUAUAGCGUCAUUUCGCCGCGGACGACGUUCACGCGAAACAAGCAUGCGGAGAUGGUAGUGCGGGCACUCCAUCGCGUGGGGGCCAUUAACACCAGCGUCAACGACCGCCAUGACAUUGUCCUGUCAUCCGGUGAAACCCAGCCUCGGAAGAUCUCUGGGUCGGCUUUCAAGUUGACGCGACAACGUGCGCUUCAUCAUGGGACCUGUCUGUUGGACACCCCGAACAUCGACCGGCUGGGCGUCUUUUUGCGAUCGGGCGCGCGGGAUUAUAUCAAGGCCAAGGGUGUCGAAAGUGUGCGGUCUCCCGUAGCCAAUGUCUCUUCGAUGUUUGCCGACGCGUUGACCCCGUUCUCAAUCCAAAACGUCAUCACCAGCGUCAUGGAGGAAUUUGCAGCCCUAUACGAGGUCAACCCGGACGCCGUGCGCCGUGCGCAGCGGGCCCACGCCCACGAUCCGGAAUUAUACGCGGGAGAGGACUGGGUCGCAGGAGCUGUGGGAGAACCCGAGGGUUACGGGGAACCCAAGAUCAAGUCCGGAAUUGACGAGCUCAUGUCGUUGGAGUGGAAAUACACACAAACGCCCCAAUUCACCUUCUCUACUUACCCUAUUGAGGACGAUCCUCGGGAGAGGCCAGCUCUGCCGGCCUCUUUGCCGCCUGCGACGCGUGCAUUCCUUCGCCUGAAACACGGCGCUAUCAUUGAAAGCUGCAUUUCGACCGCGUCAGAGCCCACGCUGGCCGAUCAACAGGCAAACCGCGUGCAUGAGGCCUUAAACGGCCGGAACCUCCACGAGAUCCAGCAAACACACUGGGAUGAGAUCUUGCUAGAUCGCUUGAGCCCUGAAGUGGACGCAGCCACCAUCAAAGAGCUCUCGGAGUUCAUCGGCAGCAAGAUGGGCUGCUCAUAGUUCCCCAAUUAUAAAAGAUGGGAGGCAUUUGAUAGAUAGAAACUGUAUUAUAUACUCAGACCUGAUGUACAUUAUGGUUACUACAAGCGCUAGAUAUGCAGUACAUGUUAGAAAUUUGCGUGAUGAGUCGCAUGUCCUUGUGGGUGUUCGGCAGUCCGCACCGUCAUGAUUGCGGAACUUCCCCAAUAUGACACAAGACAAGACACAUUCGAGAGAACCUGUUUCAAUCAAUGACGAGAGAUGAGCCAUGUGGUUGCGCCCAAUGGAACCGGUCAAGACAGGAACGAAUCAAUGAACGAGGACCGUUGGUAUCACCACCUACCAACCUGGUUCGAUCAUGGCUAACAUACGGUGCCAAAUACGAGUACGACUCGGGUUAUCAAACCGCCGAGGAAAUCGCUGGAGCCUUGAAAAUAGGGGCACAUCUACAGUUCAAGACAGUCAAGACUACAACUCGGAUUACCCGAAGUAACAACCCCGCAAGGAGCGUUCGCUUGCGGGGUGCAUGCAGAAGUUGGGGU